AUGUUCUCAAAAAUAUAUCUGCUCCUGUUGAGCACAGUGCUUGGGUUGACUACCCAAGUAUCUGGCCUCGGGUCAUCGUGCUCGGCUCCUCUUGGAGGCGGGACCGCGUCUCCCUCAGACCCUUUCUGGAUGGAGACCAUCACUCACCAAGGAACGUCCGCAUUCAACUCAAACCCCAGCAGCUAUCAAGUCUUCCGCAAUGUCAAGGACUUUGGUGCCAAAGGUGAUGGUGUCACGGAUGACACAGCUGCUAUUAAUUCUGCAAUGUCGAGCGGAGGACGUUGUGGAGGCGGAUCCUGCGCGUCAUCGACUCUUACGCCGGCUAUCGUUUACUUUCCCUCUGGAACAUAUGUCGUCUCUUCAGCGAUUGACAUGUACUAUUACACCCAGAUGAUCGGUGACGCCAAAAAUCCUCCAACCCUUCUCGCCAGCUCAGGGUUCUCGGGUUUUGCAGUCAUCGACGCGGAUCCCUACGUUCCAAACGGUUACGGCGCUCAGUGGUACACUAACCAGGACAACUUCUAUCGCUCUAUCAGGAAUCUUGUCAUCGACCUUCGUCAAAUGCCUGCAACUACUUCCGCUAUCGGGUUGCAUUGGCAGGUUUCUCAAGCCACGUCUUUGAUGAACAUAGUGGUUGAGAUGUCCACCGCCUCUGGAAACUCGCAUCAAGGCAUGUUUAUGGAAAACGGCAGCGGUGGUUUUAUGGACGACCUGGUCUUCAACGGUGGUCAAUAUGGUAUCCAGAUCGGUAACCAGCAAUUCACUGUUCGUAAUCUAACGAUCAACAAUGCUCAAACUGCUGUCUCUGGGAUCUGGAAUUGGGGCUGGACUUUCCAAGGUGUCACUAUCAACAACUGCCAGGUCGGUUUUGCCUUGGCCACUGGUGGAACAUCUCAAGCAGAUCAGACUGUUGGCUCUGAAGCCAUCAUCGACGCCGUUGUAACCAACACCCCCAUCUUCAUCCAAUCAUCUGUUGCCAGCAAUGGAAAACUUGCAGGUUCCCUCGUCUUGAACAACAUCCAGUUAAACAAUGUUCCCACUGCAGUUGGCGUCACUGGCGGUGCUGUCGUCCUGAACGGUGGGACUACGACUAUCGCUUCCUGGGGACAAGGCAACGUCUUCAGUGGCACCAGCGGAAACGUCGCAUUCACCCAGGGAAAUAUUCCCGCUGCCAACAAAGCUUCUUCCUUGCUUGAUAGCUCGGGAAGAGUUUUCCAGAAAACUCACCCACAGUAUGCUGCUUACGCGACGAGCCAGUUUGUCAGCGUGAAGUCUUCGGGUGCGAAGGGCGACGGUCAUACGGACGAUACCACCGUCAUCCAAAACGUCAUUAACGAGUAUGCCGGAUGCAAGAUCAUCUUCUUCGAUGCCGGCACAUACUACGUUACCAACACCAUCACUGUCCCUGCCGGUGCCCAGAUCGUGGGCGAAGCUUGGUCUGUGAUCCUCGCUGGAGGAAGCGCGUUCUCGAACCAGGACAGCCCCACGGUCGUGUUCCAAGCUGGGACCACUGGCUCCCAGGGUGUUUUCGAGGUUACUGAUAUGAUAUUCUCCACUGCUGGUGCUGCCCCUGGCGCUAUUAUGAUAGAGUGGAACGUCCAUGAUCCCUCUGGUCAACAGGGUGCUGCUGGCAUGUGGGAUACACAUCUUAGGUCUGUCGGUACUAACAUGCAAUCUGGCCAGUGUCCGGCGGGAUCUGAGAACGCUGCGUGCCAAGCUGCUUUCCUCGGUAUACAUCUCACUUCUGGAUCUAGCGCAUACUUCGAGGGCACGUGGGUGUGGACUGCCGAUCAUGAUCUAGACUCAUCGACAUCCACUCAGACCAGCAUCUUCACUGGUCGCGGGAUCCUUUCCCAGUCUGCGGGUCCCGUUUGGUUGAUUGGCACUUCUGAGCACGCUGCCCUCUAUCAAUACAACCUGGCUGGCGCACAGGACCACUGGAUCGGGUUCGCUCAAACGGAGACGCCGUACUACCAGCCCACCCCCGCCGCACCUGCACCAUUCUUCACGGACAGCGCGUACAAUGACCCCACGUUCUCCAGCUCAAUUAAUACCGCCUGGGGAAUGUACAUUGAGACUUCGCAAAAUAUCGUGUUGUUCGGUGCCGGAUUUUACAACUUCUUUCAGAACUAUGGCCAAUCCUGCCUGACUAGCAACUCGUGCCAAACCCAGAUCUUUAACAUUGACUCUGCCUCCGCCGCAAGUGUUGGCGUAUACAGUGUUUCGACGAUCGGUUCGACAUACCAGCUGAGUGUCGCUCAAAACGGUGUCGUCACCGCCAGCAGCAACCUUGAUGGAUACCAAGACACGCUAACUGCAUGGAGCACGUAAUACACCUCGGAGAGUUUUAACUUUUUGGUGCCUGUUUAUUUAAGUACGAGGUUUAUGGGUUUUUUCUCCUUGUGGUUUUUUCUAUUUAAACUUGUAUUUUAACAUUUGGAUAUGGAAGCAUUAGGGUUGUAUCAAUGUUAUGCGCAAAAUAAAUUAAACACUUUGCCAUAUAAUCCUGUUGGAAGUGCCAAGACUAGGAAUGGGCUAUUCUGAUGCCCUGUCGAAGGUCUUUGAACUUUACGAUACAACCAUUUAUAAAUUGGCAUUGACUGACGAGAAAGAGAGCAAUACAACUGCCCCCAUAAGGUUUCUGCGGUAGAUCAUCUCACCUUAUCCAUAUCAACGAAGCCACCUUAACAGCUCCUUCCGCCACUCCCCCCUCUUCUGAAACACAGCCGCAAACGGUUCCGGAUGCAAAUUCACACUAUCUGUGAACUUCAUCGUAUCAAUUUUGUCCUUCGGGUCCUCGGAAAUAC